AUGAGAAUUACUCUCGCUUAUCCAGAGAACGGCACACAAGUUGUCGUUGAUAUUGAUGAUCCAGCAGCUCUCAAUGCUCUCUACGAAAAGCGUGUUGGCCAAGAUAUCGAAGGCGAAAAGCUCGGUGGCCAAUUCAAGGGUUAUCUCUUCCGUAUCGGUGGUGGCUUCGAUAAGCAAGGCUUCCCAAUGAAGCAGGGUGUUAUCACACCACGCCGUAUCCGCCUUCUCCUCAAGACAGGCGCAUCCUGCUACCGCCCACGUAAGGAUGGUGAGCGCAAGCGCAAGACAGUCCGUGGCUGCAUCAUUUCCGACGAAAUCUCUGCUCUCCACUGCGUUGUUCUCCAGAAGGGAGAAAAGGAAAUCGACGGUCUUACAACAACAGUCGUUCCACGCCGCUUCGGUCCAAAGCGUGCUUCUACACUCCGCGCCAUGUUCGGCAUUACAGAUUCCAAGUUCGAUGCUUCCAAGCUUGUUCUUAAGCGCGAAGUCAAACCAGGUAAAUUCACAUCUCCAAAGGUCCAGCGCCUUAUCACAGCUCGCCGUGUUGCCCGCAAGAACCGUAUGCUCAAGGAGCGUAAGGAGAAGCGUGAGGCCACAAAGAAGAAGGCUGAGCAAUACCAGGCUCUCCUCAAGCAGCAGCAGAAGCAGUAA